CCCUCAACGUUUUGCUGAUUUAGAAAUCUCGCGCCACUUCUUCGUCUUUACACACUCUCUCUGUUCCGAACCCCAGUCACAGCGGCGAUGUCUUCACAAUCUUGGAUUCUUCGUCUGAUCUUCAUCUGGGCUUCUGCAUCCCUCGUAUUCGCCAAUGAACGUUCCUUCUAUAUUGUUCAAAAUACUACACUGCAGCUAUCCCGUGGUUUGCCUGUGGGAAACUCUCCUGGUUCUAAGCCUGGUGCUAUUGUGGUUGUUGAACGAGUUCAUAUACAUGGACUGCCAAGGUUUAGAAACUUGAGAAAAUUUGCCCACUCUGUGAAAGUGAAGUUGUUGCCUGCAAAUUCAAAUGUUCGUCUGCCGAACAUUGAGAUUUGCUUCCAUAGGAAUGCAUCUCUUGCUAUGGGGAUGUGCUCACAAGGCCAGUGGGAGAAAGUUGUCACGGGAUCUUGGGUUCGAUCAAUGUCUCCUUUUGACCAUAAGCUCUUAGACAUAAGGACUUUAGGCUCAACACUGGAGAAUUUUGAGCUGUCUGUUGAAGAAGAAUUUUUUGCAUAUCGCAUUGUAUUGUUGAUAUUGGGUAUUACUUUGCUGAGCUCAGCAUCUUUUUUAAGCCAAUCGUUAGCAUUUUAUUAUAGCAGUGCAAUGGCAAUCGGAAUAAUUCUUGUGAUAUUGAUCAUUCUUUAUCAGGGAAUGAAACUUCUUCCAACUGGUCGGAGGAGUUCCCUUGCUAUAGUUUUAUAUUCAUCUGCUCUUGGUUUGGGGACUUUUCUCCUCCGUUACAUUCCUGGUUUGGUUCGUUCAAUCCUUACGGAGCUAGGAAUUGAUGAAGACAUGUAUAAUCCUUUGGCAAUAUUUUUGCUCACAUUUGUUGCAAUAGCCGGGGCCUGGUUAGGAUUCUGGGUGGUCAAAAAACUUGUGCUGACUGAAGAGGGAUCGGUGGACAUAAGCACUGCUCAAUUUGUUGCAUGGGCCAUAAGGAUUUUGGCUGCUAUUAUGAUUCUUCAGAGUUCUAUGGAUCCUCUGCUGGGAACAUCAGCAUUAUUAUGUGGAUUACUCGUUCCCUCCUUGAAAAGGUUGCUUAGAUUGAGAUUCCUCCGACGCUUGCGCAGGCAUUUAUUCAAAUCACCCAAGAAAAACAGGAGGAGAUCCCAGGUUUAUAGUUCAUCACCUUUUGACGAUGAAGAUGAUGAGGAUAUCGACAAUAUAGAGGACUCUACACUUUAUCGGCCACAAUGGAAAAGCUCCCCCAUGACCCCUUGCAAAUCUUCUGAACGAGGCUCCAAUAGGUCACUACCUAAAAGGCUGACAGAGGAUUUAUAUCCAUCCAUCAUACACACUACUCCUGAAAGAAGAAAAUAUUCACCAGCAGAAUGGAAUGCGUUCACAAAGAAGUCCACUGAAAAAGCGUUGGAGGAGCUUGUUGCAUCUCCUGAUUUCGGUAAAUGGCUAUCCAGCAAUGCAGAUAGGAUUAGUGUAACGCCCAACUCCGAAACUGAGCGGCGGCGCAGGUGGUUGUGGUCUUGAGCCACUUGGCAUUGUUUCACAAAAUGAUGAUAGCUUCAUCAAAGUAGCUUAGAGAAACAAAGAGGGUUUCAUGUCUGUCUAACAGUUGGUUCUCUUAACACAGAAAACAAAACCAGAAGGGAAAUGUUGUAGAUUAGAUGAGCUUUAAUGGUGUAAAUUUUCGUGAUUAGUAGUGUUUUUCACGGUUUAGAAUCUGUAGAUAUUCAUUCUCUAUGCUAGUAGUUUUUAACUUUUCUGUAGUUUUGGUUAUUUGAGUUUCAUAUUUGCUGUUCACUGUUGGUAAUUUGUAUGGAUUACAUUCAUCUCUGCUAUCUAACAUAACUAUAUAAACCCAUUAAACCGAUUGCAUCAGCUUGGGACUGUCAAGUUUUAGAGUUCAUUGGCCUUAUGGUUUUUAAUUUUUAUAGUAGUGUAAUAAUAAUACUAUUCAUUAUACAACAUUGUUGAUUGUCAUGCAA